AUGCCAACCUACGUCGUGCGCAUCCCCGCCGGACUCUUGAACGACGCCAAGAAGGACGCGCUCGCGCAGGCCAUCACCGAGGCGCACCACAAGAGCACUGGCGCGCCGCACCUCUUCGCGCAGGUCGUCAUCGACGAGGACUCGCCCACGCGCAAGCGCUACAUCGGGGGCAAGCCGCAGCUCACCGCCGAGCCGGGGGGACACGUCUGGAUCCGCGGCGACAUCCGCGGCGGGCGCUCCGCCGAGCUCCGCGAGGACCUGCUGCGCCGCCUCGCCAAGGCCGCGCAGGAGAUCACCGGCGUGUCCAUCGACAACGUCUGGGUCUACCUCUCUACCAUGGAGCCCAGCACCAUCUUCGAGUUUGGCGACGUCGUGCCCGUGCCCGACCCGGCCAAGGAGGCCGCGUUCGUUGCUGGCCUCGCGCCGGACGUGCGCGCCAAGUUCCCCAAUGGAAAGUAG